AUGAAAUCCAUCAUCAUCAGCAUUGUUAUGAAAAGAGUUGUUUACUUGAAAGAGUUCAUGAAUGAGCUUGGUGUAUUUGGGCUUGCAAGAUUGGUCGCUGCUUAUCCUGAAGUUUGCAAGUUAUUGUUUGUCAUUGAUUCACAGAAUCAAAAUGUCGUUGAUGCAAAUUACCUCUAUUCCAUUAUGGUCCCAGAAUAUUCCCCAGAAGGAAGUUCAAAGAGAUGCACCGAAGAAAAUAUAAUGGAUCACUUUCAAGAUUUUUUAUUCAAGCUUGAGGAUGAAGAAAACGUGGCUUUUGUCGAAGACAAUGCUUCUUCGAACCCUGAUGAUGCUGAUGGCCCCAAUGAUGCUGAUGGCCCCGAUGAUGCUGAUGCUCCCGAUGAUGCCGAUGCCCCUCAUGAAACUGCUGAAGAAUUUAGUCAACCAGAUUUAACACCUGCUGGUGUUAUGGGGUGGCUAACUGGUCAGCAGCACAAACCACUUAAUGGAGAGGCAAUAGCUAUUUCAAUCAUGUUUAAUCACGAUUGUGCCAUUCAAUAUCCUAAUCAUACAGUUUGUUAUCCUGUUGUUGGUGCCUGUGGUAAAUCGGUAACACUUCCUGUAAAUCACAUGAAGACGUCAGCUGAGUUUAACAACAUAUUUUUUAGAGCAUACUGUGGUGGCCAAUCUUUUGAUAGGCAUUAA